AUGAGUAAGCGACAGGUCCUGUGUCUCGCUGUGCUCGUCGCUUUCGUAAUCGCAGAAGAGGAACACGGGCCACCGUACUCGUCCCAGUAUGUCAUCCGCGAAGACGGUCCUGCAGAAAAAGUUCUCGUCAAAGGAGACGACGAACAUGAACAUUACGUCGAUUAUUACACUCAUCCAAAGUUCAAGUUCGAAUACAAAGUAAACGAUCCCUAUACCGGAGAUUUGAAAUACCAAGAAGAGGAACGUGAGGGUGACAAAGUCAAGGGUGUUUAUUCUCUACAUGAACCCGAUGGCUCUGUCAGGACUGUCGAAUAUUACGGAGAUGACGAGACUGGUUUCCACGCGAAUGUGAAACAUGAAAUUCAUCACAUCAAACACGAACAUGAACAUGAGCAUGAACAUGAACAUAAGGAAGAAGAAAGCGGACAUAAAGAAGAAGAAGAAGAAGAGCACAAGAACGAAGAAUAGCUGUGAUAUAAUUAGAUUUACAUUUCUCUUACAUUCCUAUUCAUUUUAAUUGAGGCAAUUCGUAAUUUCUUUAAUAGAAAGAAAUUUAUUGUUAAAUGAAUUGUUCUAUCUCUUUUUAAUUUAAAACAUUUUUUUUAUUAACUUUAUAACUGAAAUAAAUAUUUAUAUCAAAGA